CAAUGCAACCCUGCUAGUCGACGGCAAGUGCAACAGCAGAAAGCAAAAAGAGGUUUAGGAAUUGUGAUUUUAAGUGCUCUAAAGCAUAAUAUUCACUAUCUAAAUAUAAUUUUGAAUAUUUGUGAUCCAACACGUUAUUUCAGUCUUAAUUAGAAAUAUAUUUAAUAAAAGCAAUCUUUUUAUAUUCGCUUCAAAUGAAUUUGUGCAAAUUGUAAUGACCUCGAGUGAACCGAAGUUGAGCGACCUCCCAAGAACCUCAAUGUAGCAGAAAGUAGCAUAAGGGAACACAAAUAAACCAGUAGAAAUAAUCAGGUGUAGGUACAUACUGGAGUAUCGUGAAGCUAUGCAUAUUAAUAGAAAACUUUGACUUCAAGUCAUAAAAUAGAACAUAGAACUAAAUUCGUUCAACUAAGAACAUAUGCAGUCGUCUGAUAUGGGCGCAAGUGGUUUCAAAACCGAAGAUAACAAGGCAGCAGUAACGAUUGUGCAUCACGCUGCUGGAAGCGGUAAUGGCAGUGGCGGUGUAACGAAUACGACUGCGGCCAAUAUGAGCAUUGAAACGUGUCUGGUGUGUGGAGAUCGCGCAUCAGGUCGUCACUAUGGAGCCAUUUCAUGUGAAGGUUGCAAGGGCUUCUUCAAACGUUCCAUACGCAAGCAAUUGGGAUAUCAAUGUCGGGGCUCUAUGAAUUGUGAAGUUACCAAACAUCAUCGUAAUCGUUGUCAAUUUUGCCGUCUACAAAAGUGUUUAGCCAGCGGAAUGCGAACUGUUCAACAUGAGCGGAAACCGAUUGUUGAUAAGAAAGAGUUUGCAGGCAGCUCUUCUUCAGGAUCCUCCACUUCAACAGUUGCCAAUGCUGCCGCUGCUGCAGCCGCUUUGAACACCAACAAUACUGCUACCGGCGGCGGAGCUAUGCUCUUUAGUCACAACUUGGGUACCAGCGGCGUAGCUGCCAACAACUCGGAGUCACCAUCAACUUCAAAACCAUCUUCUCUAUUCUCCUAUAACAUGACGCUACCCGAAAUGAGGCAAGCGAUUGCAAACAAUUCUGAUGUAGCCGUGCCACCUUUACCCUUUCACCUAACAUUUGCCGAAAUGAGACAAAUAAUACAAAAUGCAAAGAAUUUCCAACAAGAGAAACAACUUUCUAUACAAACUCAACAACCACAAACCUUUUACUACUCUCCGGAAUUACCAAAGGUCGGAGAUGACGAGGAGGAUGACGAUGAAUCCUUGGACAAUAGCAGCACCACAUGCCUCCAAAACCUAACCACCAAUGCCAACAAUAACAACACCCAAAAUUUAAAUCUGAACAUAGACCCUAUGCACAGUCCUGCCACAGCAGUCGGACAUAUACAGACAUCUUUGGACAGGCGAGUCAUAGAGAAAGCAUUACAAUUGCUGAUUCCUAUACAGAAUCAACUGGACCGUUUGUCCUUAGCAACGGGUGGUAGCAGCAUAAGUGGCCUCACAGGCGGCUCGCCUAUCAUUAAAAAUGAAAUAGAAGACGAAGACAUGGGCGAAGACAGUGGCGCAGAGGAUGAAGUUGAUAUGACUGAAACGCUACUUGGUGUUGGCAAUGCAAAGGAAUUCGUCAUAAACGAAUGCGUGUUCGAUGAUGAAAUCUUGUCGAGUGCCCAAGCCACUUUCAACCUUCAAGCUCCCAGUUUGGUCUCUGCCUAUCUCAAUCUUCACUACAUUUGCGAAACGGGCUCACGCAUUAUUUUCCUUAGCGUCUAUUGGAUACGCAAAAUAGCUGUUUUCGAUCAAUUGGACGGGCGUACACAAAUCAAGUUGCUGCGAGCCAGCUGGCCCGGUUUGCUUGCGAUAGCGCUGGCGCAGGUGCGGAGUUUAUCAGUGAACACCAUUAUAACCACGCUAGUGGCGAAUGUGCGUCAACUGGCAGAAGUUGACAAGAUCGAACCACAAAAGAUACGAAAGCUGAGUGAGCAUAUAGCACGCCUGCAUUCCUACAUUCACGAUACGCUGGCGUUGGAGUUGGAUGACAUGGAAUUUGCUUUUCUACGUCUCGCUAUUUCCUUCAAUCCGCACAUGCUGCUGAGAAAUCGAGAACGGAAUGUUCGAGACUUUGUGCGGCGCGUACAGUUAUAUGUGUUAUCCAGCUUACGGAAACAUAUCGCAUGUCAGUUAAGUAACGAGGAUCAAGCGGAGGAACGUUUCAGUACGCUUAUUAUCACGCUAUUACCAUUGGCUGCCUUAGAAUCGGAAAUUAUUGAGGAACUGUUUUUCUCUAGCUUAAUAGGGCAGGUGCAAAUCGACAAUAUGAUACCUUAUAUUUUAACGCUAAGCGCCAAUACAAGUCUAUAGUCAUUUAGCGGGUCCAAAAACAUCAAAGUGGCUCGGGUGUUCCUCUUCCAAGCGCUGUUGAAUAAUGAUAGUAAUAUUGCAGCUGUUUGCUUUGGGAUGGCAAAACGCUAUUCCGCUAAUCAGACAAUAACACUUUGAUGUGCUUCCAGAAAAAACUUUCGAAUGCUGCUUCGCCCUUUUUCGGUUUAAGAUCCGAUGUAGACCAAUGGGACUUCCGUCACUUGUUCUGGAUAGCGUAGUACUUAACUUAUACCCAGCAUUCGUAGUAGGAACCCAUAACACAAACUCCUAUCCUCGCACAACUUUCACUACCUUCAAAUUAUGUCGAUGCAGAUAUAUAUAGAUUAACCAAUUUAGACAGACUUUAGAGAAGUUGAAGCGGCCACCACAAACGCCGUAGUAUCGAGUCUUCACCUAAGUGCUAGCAGUUGCAUUAUUUUCUGCUAAUACUAACUAUAAAAGUAAAGAACUAUGCUUAAAUUAAGUGACAAUAAUAACAGACUGAGAGUAAGAAUUAUGAAUGUUUUAAUCUAACGCUUUUGGCCUUUAUGUUUUUGGACAUUUUGCUUCCAGUUAAAAACAAAGUCCCGAAAUGUGGGUGAAAUUCAAAAUUUCAUCUGCAUAAUGGAUAAAAUUAAGUGCAAAUAUCAAAGAUCAGAUCUUU